AACAGAAAAAAGUAAACGGUAGCGUUUUAGAUUUACACAGAAAACAAACGGGGAGUCUUGUUCUGCUCAUCUCCUCGUUUUGUCCAGGUGCCGCGCGCUCUAACACCACCAGUGGCUAACCCAACCCUAAAGACCACAGCUAGCCAAACUAUAAUCAAUCCAAAGCUUACAGUAGCAGGCAGGGAGAUAGGUUAUUUGUCGGGAAUCAGGCUGCAAUGGCUGUUGAUGGAAGCAAAAAAUCUAAAGUAUCAACAGCUCCACCUAGAAAAAUCAAUGUUCAAAAAUUUGCAGAAACCCGGGCAUCUGAACUGGAGAGUCUUCACACAAUCGUAUCAAACCGGCUAAACAACAAUUUCCGGUCUCAAAGAAACAAGAGAAGAAGAACCACUGCUUAUGAAAAUCAAGCUGCGAAAAAGAGACAUCGAAAAAGACGUAAUUUAGGCCUCCUCGGUAAAGCCAAUGAUGACCUGUCGUCGGCUUCAGAAAAUAAAGAGCCAAGGAAAGUCCCUCGCCGAGUUCGCAGGAGAAUUGAGCUGAAAAAGAAUCCAGAAUCUGGUUUUGCUACUUCCGGCGAUGGCACCAGGAGAUUGAGAACUCACGUCUGGCAUGCCAAACGUUUUACAAUGACUAAGCUUUGGGGAUUUCACCUUCCUCUUGGUUUGCACGGCAGAGGGAGGGGAUCCAGGGCUCUAUUGAAGUGGUACAGAGACGGAGCGGUUGUGCAUGAUGCAAGCUACCAUACUGCUGUCCAGUUGAAGGGUCCAGAGGAGUCAUUAAUUUCAAUUCUAAAUAUGGUACUAGUGCCUUCUCCAUCAGCUCAAUCUCGCGAUAUUGCCAAGUCUAUUCUUACUGGUGUUAUCUAUGGCACUGCUAUGCUGCAUCAUGCUGGAGCACCUGUUUCUCAGCCGAUAGCUCCUGUGAACUAUAUGUGGCGACCUUCUUGUCUUCGCAAUAGAGAAAAUGGCAAUAACGAACAUAGUUCUGGUGGAUUUAAUGAAACUCAAAUCUCUGAUGCUUGUUCUUCCCAUCGUCAACUUUGGGUGUGGAUACAUGCAUCAGCUUUUAGCGAGGGAUAUGAUGCUCUGAAAUUCGCUUGUCAGAAACAGAUGAAUGAGAGUGGCAUUUUGAUCAAUUGUUUGUCACUCGAAGGCCAGCUUGCAAAGUUAGAAGUAAUGGGAUCACAGGCAUCGAAACUUUUACAAAAGACAUUACAUCCUUUUUCUUGUAAUUCAGAUAAUUCUUGGCAAUUGAGGAACUGCUCUGUUUUGGAAGUUGAUGGUGACUCUGAGUUGAAGAAAUCUAUAUUUCAAAGCAAGAACAUUUCUCCUUGUUCAGUUUUAUCUCUUGCUGUCAAGGAUCCUCGUUCACUGCCUGUAAAUAUUGCUGACAUUCCCAAGCCAACCCCUACUAGUGUACUCAAUAAUGUUCCAGAAGAUGAAGCAAAAGAGCAUGAUGCCUUAACCGUAAAUUUUGGAAAUGGUGAAAAACAUCCUCAUUCAUCGCUUUCAGAACCUGAAAGGAGUAGCAGUGUCCCUGACAAUAGGAGUUUGUGGGAUGCAAGCAGCAGAGUAACUCCCCCAGUGGAAGAGAAUGUUCUUUGCUGGGAAAGGCAUCAUUUGCGUUUGGAUUUUAUCUGCCUUGAUGGUUGUAAAUCAAGGACACCAAAUACUUCAACUAAGGUGCAGGGUUCAACAUCUUGCCCUAUUCUGCUUCUUACAAACAGUAACGGAAUGGACUCACUGAUGCGAUGGUCUGUUAUACUUCCCUUAAGCUGGGUUAGGGUCUUCUGGAUUCCUUUCAUCUCCAAAGGAGCACAUGCAAUAGGUCUGAGAGAAAAGCGAUGGAUUGCUUGUGAAGUUGGGCUGCCACAAUUUCCUUCUGAUUUUCCUGAUUGUAAUGCGCACUUAUCUUUUAUGGUGAACGAAAGGGCUGCCCUUGACCACAAAGUGGAACGACUACCUCCUUCUGUAAGACCUCUGAAAGUUCCCAUGCCUUUCCCAUGGAAUAGUGUCCGUCUUGCUCUUGAUAAAGGAUCUGCUAUAGUUCAAGAUCCUCAAAUUUCUGGUCGAAAAGAUAACAUUGAUGACAAUUCAUUAUUGAGCUCAGAAGAUGGGGAUUGUGCAAAAACAGUAGCCACUGGUCAUUGUAAUUCAUUUGAUGGAUUUGUAGGACGGACAUCCAGUAUACUGAUUGAUUUCUUGAGUGAAAUCCAUGCCAGUCAUUUGCUUUUGUUUCCUCACAUUCCAAAUAAGAAGACAAGGCUUUCAGAGUUUAUAAAGGAUGAAAGCAUCCUCAGUAAAGGUCAAUGUAGUGCCCACCAAAUCACUUCUAACCGUAGAUUGUGUUUCAUUAGAGUUCUUCUACAUGCAUACAAGGAAGGUUUUUUUGAAGAAGGAGCAGUUGUUUGCGCUCCUGGUCCAAAUGAUUUAUCCAUGUGGAUUUCUAGUUCAGAAAAUAAUGAAGGUGGACUUCAAAUUUCCCAGUCAUCUGUGGGUUCAUAUUUCAAAGAGCUACCUUCUAGUAAGUGGGAACUCUGGAUACCGCAGGGCCCUGUGGUAAGAGAAUCUCAUAGAUGGCCUAUUGGUUUUGUCACUGCUGGAUUUGUUCGAGGGAGCAAGAAGCUAGUGGCUGAGGCUUUUUGUGAGGCAGUUUUACUAGCUCAGCUUAGGGAGGAGCAGUGGAUUGGGAUGCCUGUGAAGCAAAGGAAGAAGGAAAUAUAUGUCCUUGUUAGGAACCUGAGAUCUUCUGCAUAUAGACUCGCCCUUGCCACUGUAGUCCUGGAACAAGAAGAAGAAGAUGUGGUAUUCUUGUGAGAUGGUGCCGCCGGUGGGUUUUUCAUAUCCAUAAAGAUGCAUCAAUCUUGUUCUCUAGCUUAACUAUAGGUAACAGAGAAUUUUACUGGAGUAACAUACUGGUCAUCACGGUGUUGUUUUCAUCAAUAGAUGUCCACUGCCCGACGGUGAACUACUGACUCCAGUUCAGUUUCUGCAAUGCAAUUAAACCUCUCCUGUUUGGGAGAAGGUUUGCUAAAAAAUCAAUUUUUUAAAAAAAAAAUUAAUUUUUUUUUUAUGUAUUUUGGAUUGUUUUGAUGAGUUCUUAUUAAAAAUAAAAAAAAUAUUAUUUUGAUAUAUUUUCGAGUAAAAAAUAUUUUAAAAACUAUCGCAAUCACAACCCGUGUAUCCAGCUUAAACCAAGUAGCAAACAUGAAUGUAUAUGUUCAAAUAACCUGGCAAACUUCCAAAAGUUAUACCAGGAACUCUUUUAAUUUGCCAAUCAGGUAUGAUACUGCAACAUCUUGCAGCUUCAUAGCAAGAAAUCCGUGAGGACACUAUAGAGUUCGAGUCAGAGUCACAAGACCAAACUCGAAAGUCACGCACCACAGAUCAACAUUCCGGGCUCAUGUACAAUUAAUUAAACCAGGCCCAUCUCCUAGUUUGGCCCAAUCAGAGCCUCUCUUGCUUUGCUUGGUGGCUCAAAUAAAUACCGAGACUUUGAAACAAAACUUCAAAACCAAAUCGAGCAUCUUUUAGAAAGCAGAGAGACUUUCACCUCUCAAACAGUAAAUAUAUACAAAACCAGCCUGUGGCGAUUUGGAGUAUAGGGAGUUGAAGAUGGCAAGGAUCAAACCUCAAGAUCUCUUACAACAGAGCAAAAAGAAGAAAGCGCCGAGUCGAAUGAGCGUCACUUCUAUUGUUUCAUACUGCCUCAUUCUUCUCUUGACUUUAUUUUUCUUGUAUUCUAUCUAUAAACACUGGUCGCUAAGGUCUGUCAAGUCCUCAGAUUGAUUCUUAAUCCUCUGUGUUGUAAUAAAUUAUGCUUAAUUUUAUAGUUUGGAUGCGCCAAACUAGCUGGAUCUGGAUCUGUAUUUUUUAAAAUAUUUCUCAUUGUGGAGAUGCAAGUUUAUUGUGUGUUGAUUGUCAA